GAUCCCAAUUGAGUCCUUUUAAAAGGUCCGGGUCGGGCCUAAGCGAGCGCUCAGAUCAGCCCUAACCAGAGCUGACACAGCUUGAACUAGGACUUGGUUCGCUUUUGCCAACAAAAACCCUUCCUCUCCCCUUAUCACGACCGACAUAUCUCCUCGACGUCGAACAAUAACCCGCGAUCCCUUUAGCUUGUCGUUGCCGGCGACGCCAGCCCUUUUUUCGGUUUUUCAGCACCGCUUUAUUUCCAAUAGCUUUCACGUUCCCUGUUACCUUCAGCCCGCAAUUUUUAUCAGUCCUAUCUCUGGACGAUGGCUGCCACUGUCUACCCUUCACGAACCGACACGAGCCCAAAUGUACAUUCGAUGUACCCGCGAGCCCUGAUUGCUGACCUCGACUUCGGCGACAACCGAUACCCCUCAACGGCCACUGCCCCUCGGUCAAGCGCUGCCAUCGUCGGUUCUGGAGACAAGUCCACCUCUGCCAGGGAUUCGAAUGGACAAAGGGAGGGUAGUUCGAAUCGAGGGAACGAUGAGCCAACGGCCGCGAGCUCCACGCCGGUGGGACGGACAGCGGAUGUGCCAAGUCCUUCUGAUCAGCACCUUCAAUCACAGUCGCGAGGGCCAUCUCGUGCAGAGGUCUCUGACCUUGCAUCGAUAAAAUCGUCGCAGUCGCCUUCCCAGGAGCCUCCACGGAGCCAAGUGUCAUAUGCCCUGCCGCAAGGAGCCUCUCGCCGUGUGGUCGAACGUUACAGUUUGGACGACAAUCCACAACGUGCCCCUUCCAGAGCACCAGAAGAUACCCGGCAGCCCCCCGUGGAUGCCUCGCCUCAAGGAAGAGGUGCCUUGCCCAGGUUGCCGUCACAGGAGCCAAUAGCAGGUCCCAUUCCUUCCACUCCCCGCCAUCCUGCUUUGCCCGUCUCCGGCGCUGUUGCCGGUCCCAGCUAUACUGCCGCAAUGCCUCCUACCAUUAUCCCGUUAUCUGCAUCUCCAGGUUAUGCACCUCCUGUGUCCCAGCGUCUUCGAGCAUAUGCCCAGCAGCCGACCUUCAUCAAUCAAAGCACGACUCCAAACCCCGUGAACCCGGUCUAUUCCCCCACGCCUCCUCCGCCUCGACAAGAGGAAAUCUGUGUUGAAUGUGCCAUGCGUGACCAGGACAUGGCCGAUGUCGACGUAACAUCUCCUGGAAUGUGGGAGCGGGAGAGUGACAUCUUGUAUGAGGAGCUAAAACGCAGGGAGGAGGAGGAAGAAGUCACAGGAAUUGUCAAUGUUGAUGAGCCUCCGAGGCCUAGAGCAAAAGGUGGACGCCUGACCGAGCAGAAUGUCAAGAUAUGGCUCAGCGUGACGGCACGAGAAACGACAUCACGGAGCCAGACUCUCAAUACGUAUGUCACUGCUCAGAGGAAACUGUUGGAAGAAGAAGCUCUCGCACAUGCGCGGGCCAUGCAAGAGGCGAAACAACUUGAUAACAGAAUGCGAGAUGCUUACUCCCAAUUACGACGUUCUGCAUACGACAUGGGUAACAGUGCAGCACCAACCGACGACACGGGUGGAGUCCGUAUCGAGCCUCCUCGAUCUCCCUCAAUACCUACAAACCCGCUACAUGAUCGCGCACAUUCUCGUGAAGUGACUCUUUUGGAGAACGGCAUGAUUGUCGAACACGUGGACGUCCGCAAAGAAGAACGCGAGGCUCGAGAGCGCCGCCGUAGGGAGGAGAGACGGGCUCGAAAGUCUUCUCGAAGCUCUUUCGUCGAUGCUCACUCAGUAAUGUCUUCCCCAAGUCUUCCUACUGACAGUGGCAUCGGUCUCAAGCCCUCGACGCGCUAUUCUCAAGGCAGUCCAGGUCGACCCAUGAGUGUCUUGACUGCACCCCUUGAUCGUCCAGAGCUUCCUCGUGCUCAGUCUCAGGCGUCGUUUUCGGACGUGCACAGCUUGAGCUCCACGUCCCCGCGACGUUCUCGCUUUUUUGGAUUCCCUAAUUUCCGGGAAGGAUGGAACAGCCGCGAUAGCUUGGCAGUAUCUGGGAUGUCAGGAAGUAUGAUCGAUAUGCACGUUGCACUACAACGGGAAGAUGCGGCUAAUCGAUAUGCGUCCUCUCCUGUUGAUUUGAACACUCCUCGUCGGAGUCAGUUGUGGAACGGUGCGGACCUGGAACCUUUGGAACCCACCCUAUCACGCCAGUCUCGGCAUUCAGAGAGCAAGAGCCAGAAGAAGAGGAAGGGACUCGCCAAAAUCUGGCGCAUGGUGACGAGAGGAUCUAAACAUGACGAUAUUGCCAGUGAGAAAAGGCAGCUACAGUCCAAUCGCAGAGCCGAAGACGAUUACCCCUUGGCACCACCACCACCCCUUACCUAUCUUAUGAGCCGUGAAGGUCGUCAUGCUUCUACGCCUUCUCUUACCUCUUCUCCGCCAAAACUUACUUCCGGUGUUUCCCCCCCUACAGCUCCCUCGAGCCUUCUACCAUCUCCCGCCUCAUCACGACCUUCCGUUCAAGACGCAGACGCUACAGUUAUCCGCAAGUUGAGCGGCAACUAUGACGACAUCGACGAAAAGAGCCUCUCGAGAAACGUGCACUCGAUGACUUCAGACCCCGAUAUACGCAAGCGCGUUGCAUCCUCAUCCCCUGUUCCCACCCAUCCUAAUAAUUAUACCAAUGCUCCUGUUUCUUCUGCUGGCUUGACGCGCGAAAAAUCGCUACCCCCACUUCCCGGAGAGGCGCGACGCCGAUCUAAUAACAACCCAACGUCACCAGACCGGCCUCAAACUGUAUAUACUUUCGACACCCGAAGACCACCUCCUGGAGCUGGACCGACCCACGACUUCCUUCCACCCCAAGCACCCUUCCGUAACCCCGAAGCUCGACGGCAGUCCUUCGGUGGUCUCACGUCGCGUCCAAAUCUAGAUGGACUGUCGGAACGGGCACGAAACCAAACAAUGGCAGGAUAUGACCGGCGUGAAUCAAUGGGUCCCGCAUACGAUGAAUUCGGUGGCUCAAGACGAUCUUUGCGCCUUGAUUAUGCUGCCACGACAAGCAAUAGGAAUAGUGUACCUCAACCGACAAAGCGAAAGUCCAGAUUCGGACUAUCGUCUUUAUUGGGCAAGAAGCAGCCAGAACGAAAUUUGAUGCAGGACAACGUUGCCCAACAGUUUCCUACGUUCCGGCAGUCGGCUGGGUCUGAUGCUUUGGACGAGAUUACAACCAACGGGGGCUAUGCUACUUCUGCGUCGCGGCAUAGCGCAUUCAGCGCAGUUGGUGGACCCAGGAUGUCCAUCACUUCUCGAAAAGCAUUAGAGGAGCUAGUAGCACAAGACACAGACUUUGUGGCAUACCGGUAUCCCUCUAACGAUCAGCAUUUAGAUUUGGCGCGGUAACAAGAGUAUCUCGUCAUCUAUCACGUUUUGUUGUAUAUUUUAGCUACUCGACAUUCUUUUGGAAUCUUUUUUUGCUUUGCAAUCACCGAAAUACCCCAGCGGCUAUUGUUCCGUACUCAUUCAUUUCAUUUGCUCUGUUUUCUUAGCGAUCAUUUGGACUGGCAUCGUAUCACACUACUUAUCGACUUAUUGUAAAAUUGCUACUAAAACAAUAGUACGUGGAUUCUGAAGUCGUCCCCCGGCCCGA